AUGGAAAAAACGCACCAAGAAGUUGUCGAUUUGACAUUCGACAACUUUUUCGGUACAACUUCCCUUCUUUGCAUUAUUCUGUCCGUAUCCGGUGUUUUUGGAUUCUUCAACUAUCUGGCAACAGAAUCGAUUCCCGACGAAGAAAUGGAGCAUGUGCAGUUUCUACUAAAAGCUACAGUAUGCCUAGCUAUAGUUCUUGCUGUUUUGAAGUUUGUUUCUCAGCAAUUGAAGGAUUUUUUCAAUAAAACAGAGGAUUCCAAAGAAAAAUUUCCAAUGUUCGACAGGUUGAACUUGAUAUUUGGGUAUUCUGGAAUUGUAUCUCUCACUUUUAUUUUUUUCGCACAUCUUUGGGUUUUAGACCUGACGAGUAGUACGAUUGCUGCAUUAUACGGAUUAUUCUGGCACAUUUUCAUCGGCCUGUUUUGUUACUUUUUUGUGAUUAAACCAGCUUUAAAAUAUGAUUACACCUAUAAGAAUUCUAGUAGAUUCAAAAUUUUCAAAUGGUCAAUCAUUGGAACAAUCAUUGGUUAUCAGUUUCAUAGGGGACCGUGUUUCCUUGUUAUGUACUUCUACUACAUCAUCUUUUUCUAUUUCUUCCUAAUCGAGUUAAUUACCGUAAUCCAUGGAGAUGCUGUUCCAUUUCUCUAUGACGACAGACCACCAAUAAUUUGGAAACGAAAGGAUGCAUAUGUAUACGAAAACGAGGAAGAUCCCACCAAAAUACGAGUCGUCACUUUCUAUCAGGACGGAAUUUAUACUGAACAGUUUUCCCGUAUCAGUGGUUUAUUUUCAACUUACGAUGAACUAGACAAAUUAAAGAGUACCUUUGAAUAA